AUGCUAGAGAUGAAGCCCUCGAGAGCCAUAGUUCUGGUGCUCGUAGUGGUUGUAGGGCAAUAUGCCUCUUUGGCGUCCGCCGCCGGUCCCAAGGUCAUUAUCGUCGGCGCCGGCAUGUCCGGGAUCUCGGCUGGGAAGAGGAUGGCCGAGGCUGGGAUUACCGACUUUGUUAUCCUGGAGGCGACCGACCGUAUCGGCGGGCGCAUCCACAAGACGAAGUUCGCCGGGGUUAACGUGGAGAUGGGGGCCAACUGGGUGGAGGGUGUGAAUGGAGACGAGAUGAACCCCAUCUGGACCAUGGCCAACGGUACAGGAGGCCUCAACCUCAGGACCUUCCGCUCCGACUUUGACAACCUCGCCAGGAACACCUACAAGCAAGAAGGUGGUCUUUACGAGGAGAAACUUGUUGAGAAGAUAAUCAAGAGAACGGAUGAGGUGGAAGAGAGCGGUAGCAAGCUCGCCGGCACCCUGCACCACAGCGGCCAACAAGACAUGUCCGUCAUGGCUAUGCAACGCCUCAACGACCAUAUGCCUAACGGUCCAUCGACGCCGGUGAACAUGGUGGUGGACUACUACCAGCACGACUUCGAGUUCGCGGAGCCGCCGCGUGUGACAAGCCUGCAGAACACGCAGCCUCUACCGACGUUUGACAACUUCGGCGACGACGUCUACUUCGUGGGCGACCAGCGCGGCUUCGAGUCCAUCGUGUACCACGUCGCCGGGCAGUACCUCAAGACCGACCGCAAGUCAGGCAACAUCGUUGACCCCAGGCUCAAACUAAACACAGUGGUACGUGAAAUCAACUACUUCCCCAGCGGCGUCACGGUUGGGACGGAGGACAACAAGGUGUACCGGGCCGACUAUGUCAUGGUCUCCGCCAGCCUUGGUGUCCUGCAGACCGGCCUCAUACAGUUCAAGCCGCAGCUGCCUUCCUGGAAGAUCGUGUCCAUCUACCAGUUCGACAUGGCCGUGUACACCAAGAUCUUCCUAAAAUUUCCCAAGAGGUUCUGGCCAGAGGGGCCUGGCACGGAGUUCUUCCUUUAUGCCAGCGAAAGGAGAGGCUACUACCCGGUGUGGCAGCAGUUCGAGAAGCAGUACCCAGGGUCAGACGUGCUGCUGGUGACCGUCACCGAUGAUGAGUCCAGGAGGAUCGAGCAGCAGCCUGAUAACCAGACCAUGGCGGAGGCGGUUGAGGUGCUCAGGAAGAUGUUCCCCGGAAAGGAUGUGCCAGAGGCCACCGAGAUACUUGUGCCCAGGUGGUGGUCCAACAGGUUCUUCAAGGGCUCCUUCUCCAAUUGGCCCAUUGGCGUCAACCGCUAUGAAUAUGACCUCAUCCGGGCUCCAGUUGGGAGGGUUUACUUCACUGGUGAGCAUACAAGCGAAAAAUACAAUGGCUAUGUACAUGGAGCUUAUCUUGCUGGUAUUGACUCUGCCGACAUAUUGAUCAAAUGUGCCAAGAAAAAAAUGUGCAAGUACAAUGUCAAGGGAAAGCAUGAUUAG